AUGUCCUUCGAAAGCGUCAUGCCGCCGUACAACGCCACGGACCCGUCGGCCUCCUUCCUUAACUCCUCCUGUCUCGACUUCCUCCUCAUCGAGCUCGUGCCCAUGGCCUUUCGCGUGACGAGAGACCUCGAAGCCGCGCCGACUGAUGCGAAUAGUGCCGGUGGGGGCGCUGCCGCUGCAGGAGGAGGUGCUUCAGCUGACGCGCUGUCGACGGUGAGCCACAGUCAGGGCGGGGGGGCCGACGGAGGUGCUGCGCCGUCGAGCGCGGACGGGGCUGCGGGCGGGAGCACAGUCAGGAAGCUGGACGAGGACGAGGAGCGGGAUGCGGUGUUUUAUCGGCUUGAGACGCUGGGAUAUCGUGUUGGGCAGGGGCUUGUUGAGAGAUUCUCGAGAGACCGGCCACGAUUCAACGAUACGCUCGACGUCAUCAAGUUUGUCUGCAAGGAUCUUUGGUCGCUUGUGUUUAGAAAACAGAUUGACAACCUCAAGACAAAUCACAGGGGCGUUUACGUACUGACAGACAACUCGUUCAAACCUUUCUCGAGAAUGAGUACAGAAGCUGGCGGACAGGCGGUUGUUCGGGCACAGCCAUUCCUCUGGUUCCCGUGCGGGAUUGUGCGCGGAGCGCUAGCGGCGUUAGGUAUCAACGCAACCGUCCAAGCCGAGACCAACGAGCUACCGGCAGCUAUUUUCCAAAUCAAGACCCUGCCGUCAAGCACAUAA